ACGACGGUGGGAGAGCGAAAGCCGUCGACGACGUGACGCAUAAAAGAAUUGCUGAACAAAAUCCUCUCACUGCUCGUCAAGUUUAUGUAAGAGGCAGCAAAGUCCUCCUGUGCAGAUACAAUUUACUGCAGUAGAUAACAAAGGCCAACCGGCUGUUUCGGCUUUUUAAAAAAGGCUAAAUAAGGAUUUGCAGCCGAAAUGAGGGGGAGUUCCUCGUACGGGGAUAGAGACAGGGACCGAGGACGAGACAGGCCGCGGUUUGGCUCCUCCAUGGGCGGCCGGGGCGGCCCCCCGCCGAUGAAGUUUGGGAAUCCAGGGGACCGACUCCGCAAGAAGAAGUGGAACCUGGACGAGCUGCCAAAAUUUGAGAAGAAUUUCUACACGGAGCACCCUGAGGUCCAACGCAUGAGUCAGUAUGAGAUAGACGAGUUUCGUAGAAAGAAAGAGAUCACCAUCCGAGGCUCUGGUUGUCCAAAGGCUGUUACCAGUUUUCACCAGGCACAGUUUCCUCAGUAUGUGAUGGAUGUGCUGAUGCAACAGAAUUUCAAGGAGCCGACAGCUAUCCAGGCCCAGGGCUUCCCCCUGGCCCUGAGUGGCAGAGAUAUGGUGGGGAUAGCUCAGACCGGCUCUGGAAAGACUCUGGCUUAUCUUCUUCCUGCAAUCGUACACAUCAACCAUCAGCCCUAUCUCGAGCGAGGAGAUGGACCAAUUUGCCUGGUUCUCGCCCCAACCAGAGAACUAGCCCAGCAGGUUCAGCAGGUGGCAUAUGAGUAUGGCAAGUCCUCACGCAUCAAGAGCACCUGUGUCUAUGGUGGCGCACCCAAAGGACCACAGAUUCGAGACCUAGAGAGGGGUGUUGAGAUCUGCAUCGCCACACCUGGUCGCCUCAUUGACUUCCUGGAGGCAGGGAAGACUAACUUGCGGCGCUGCACCUACCUCGUGCUUGAUGAAGCUGACCGCAUGCUGGACAUGGGCUUCGAACCGCAGAUUCGCAAGAUAGUUGAUCAGAUCAGGCCUGACAGACAGACCCUAAUGUGGAGCGCCACCUGGCCUAAGGAGGUGCGCCAGCUUGCUGAGGACUUCCUGAGAGAGUAUGUCCAGAUUAACAUUGGCGCCCUGGAGCUCAGUGCCAACCACAACAUCCUGCAGAUAGUCGAUGUCUGCAUGGAAACUGAAAAGGACAACAAACUUAUCCAGCUGAUGGAGGAGAUCAUGGCUGAAAAGGAGAACAAGACCAUUAUCUUUGUGGAGACCAAGAAGCGUUGUGACGAGCUCACCAGGCGGAUGAGACGAGACGGGUGGCCAGCCAUGUGUAUCCAUGGAGACAAGAGCCAGCCAGAAAGGGACUGGGUACUCACAGAAUUCCGAAGUGGCAAAGCUCCUAUAUUAAUUGCCACCGAUGUGGCCUCUCGUGGUCUGGAUGUGGAGGAUGUCAAGUUUGUCAUCAACUAUGACUAUCCCAACUCCUCUGAGGAUUACGUCCACCGUAUUGGACGUACAGCCCGCAGUACCAACAAAGGCACUGCCUACACCUUUUUCACCCCAGGGAACUUGCGGCAGGCCCGUGAUCUUGUCCGAGUGUUAGAGGAGGCCCGGCAGGCCAUUAACCCUAAACUGCUUCAGCUCGUUGACUCAGGCCGUGGAGGUGGAGGGGGUGGCAGAAUGCGUUACCGUGGCAGCAACUCCAACAACCCAAAUCUAAUGUACCAGGAGGAGUGUGAUCGGCGCAUGCGCUCCAGUGGCGGGGGCAAAGACAGCCGCAACAACUUCAGCCGUGACAGCCACAGCAGUCGUGAUGGAGAUCGCUCAUCUUCCUCCUCCUCUUCCUCCUACAGGGACCGGAGCCGCGACAGCAGGAGCAACUACAGCUCGAGUUCAGAGCAGUACCAGAGUUACAGCAGGGGUGGGGGCUACUCGUCCCGGAGUGGAGGCCAGUCCGCUGGAGGCGCAGGGCAGGAUCAGUCUAACCAGUCACAGGGUCAGUUUGGCCAGCCUCCUCCUCCCUCACCUGCAGGGGGGCCUCAGCCUCUGAUGGCUCAGCAGUUUGCCCCACCACAGCCUCCACUCAUGGGCUUUAUGGCGCAACCGCCAUACCCCUUUGCUCCUCCACCCCCUCCUCCUCCCGGCCCUCCACCUCCCCGGAAGUAGAAUUACUGGAAAGAAGCGUCAAGGUUUUUAUUACUUCUUAGUGUGUUUACAAUGUAACAUUGUUUUUUUUUUACGCUCCAACUACUGUCUACUCAGAGAUGGAAGUUGAAAAUGCAUAAUGUUGAGGAAGUAAGGGCUUUUAUUUUGUACUUGUUUCUAUUAUAUACACUUCACAUGCCCCAGAUGUGUAGAAUUCUUCAAUCUUAUUUGCUUCUACAAUUUCGACAUUUGCUUCUAGAAGAGGAGAAAGAAACCCUAAACAAUUUGGCUUUUUGCUUUCGCAUAGGCCAGAGGUAGGCAACCAUGUGCCAUAUUGAGCCAAGAGGCACAACCUGGCACAUGGUUGCCUACCUCUGGCAUUGGCUGUCAUUGUCACAAAGUCUAGAGCAGUAGAUCUCAACUAUGUGACACAGAGGUCCACAACGCUGCCAGUUUUCAUUCCAGUCAAACACUAAAAGAGCAGAUUUCACCUAUUAGUUCCAGCUCUGGUUGAAGGUGUGUUAAUCAGUGAAAUAAGCUGUUUUAGUUUUUGGAUAUGAAAACCAGCAUACUCUUGGGUCCCUGUGGCACAGAGUUCAGAAACUCUGGUCUAGUAGAAGUAAUGUCUAAUUUCUGAUAGGGACCGUAGCAUCGGCAGAAUAAGUCAAGUGUGUUUAUAGGUACAGUAGUCAAGAGCUUUGAUCAGAUGUACACAAUGAAAUGGCCCAAGCAGUUUGAGUCUUAAAGGGACCUAAAUUUGGACUUACAGUGGAGUCACCAGUUAAUGGAAAUGGAAACCACUCCGUUUUGCAUAAGCACAGCAAAAUGCCCAGAUAUAUAGGAAUUACAUUGAUUUUAGGGUCUCUUUUACCUCAAACACAGAAUCUUUGUGAAUAUUAAUGUCUAAAACAAAUAAAUACAUUUUUAAAAGGUUUAGUAUUUUCUUACUUUCACCAAAAUACUUUAUGGAGUAGAAUUAAAAUGAUAUUGAUGUUAGUGUUUGUCAGUUUGUUAGUGUAAUUUACCGUUUCCUAGGUUUCAGUAUUUUUAGUCAUGCAUGGCCCUUUUAUUCCAGUCCUGUAGUAGGUAAACAAAGUGAUUCAUGUGGUUCUGUUUGCACUUGCAAGGUGUAAUCGUUCAAAUAUUUUUUUAAAUGGGCAAACUUUAUACUUGGAUCAUAUCUAGAAAAUUGGCAUCUUUUCUAGUUUCAUCUUUUGUUCAGUAAUUGUAUUUUUUAAUGCUUUUUUUCCUUAUUAAACAACAUUUUAAUGAAAACUGUUUUCUGCUUCACAAGAACCAAGCACUGACAGAAGUUGUGAAAUCCACCCUGAAAUACAUUCAUAUUACUGCAGUACAUAUUUGCAGCAAAUUCUCAUCUUGAGAAAUACUUAGUAAUGUUGCAUAAUCUGUGCAAACAUACAUAAUUACAUGAACCCUUUGUUUAUAAGUUACGAACAAAAAUUGGGAAAGACACUUGCGUGGGUGAGCUUCAUGCACUGCCUCACAAAUCGGCUGGAAAACUCCCAACCUAGGCCAUAAUGUCUUGCUAAUUUGUGCUAUAUCUGCUACCUUUCAUCUUCUAAAUAAGGAUGCAAUUAAUAUACUUGAGGUCUUUAGUUGCAGCAUGUACAGCUCUUUAUUGUCCUUUUCCUUUCUCGUCAAUUGAUUCAAUAAAUAUAUUUAGGAAAUAUAUAAAGGCUAAAGUCUGUAUGUACAUGUAAACAGUUGGUUUACUGUAGACAGUGAAGAACUGCUAUUAUUAACAUGAAUGGUACCAUCCAAAUAACUUAAUUGCAUAUGUUAGUUAUCAUGGAAGUAAAGAAAAUGAGCUCUGAAUCCUAA